AAGACAGAGGUACAGAUAAUAAUAGGAAUGCAACCAAGUUAAUUUUAUAACUCGAGUGGUAGACAAACAUCAUAUCUCCUGAUUCCACAUGCGAUGAAUUUUUCAACAGUCUCUAUUAGAUUUACUACAGUUAUGUGCCCUGGCGAUAGACACCCAGCAAUCUAACCAGUGUUUGAAAGUGAAGCGUUGGUCGACCCAUUGAGCGUAGUAUACGACGAGCGCUAGCCAGCAGAACGAAACACUAAUAUCUACCAGCGCUGGAUUCGCCAAAACAAGACUGGUAUUGAUAAAUGACAACUCGCCAUGGGAAACAAGCACUGCCAGUCAAAUGUCUCCCCGUGACAGCUGUCAAUAUCAACUAAAUAUCGCCAGCGUCAGACAAGUAUGCAACAGGGAGAAAGGUGUCUUGCAGUUAACGUUCAGCGAAUGAUAUACCGCCAUUGUUUUUCAAAUUAAUUUCUUUCGCAGUUACAAGGCGUGUCGAACCAAGUUUAAGCCAAUUGAUUUUUUGGGGAUAUAAAGCUUUUAAAGCUUCGGUGCGAGGACAUGCGGACAUGGAGGUGAACUGUCAUUUUACAAAGUAGAUAAAAAUGUAAACUGAUGACCAUCGUAGACCAUAAGCGUGCUGUGGUGGCGAUCCCCAAGAGUUCGGAUGUCCGGUGUUGACGUUCUGUUCACAUGGAAACCACAGAGUCCGCGGAUCAUCAUUAAACAAGAGCAUAAUUCGAUUAGUUCUCAUCUUGAGGCAGUUUCCUAGAUCGUCUUCGUCAAUAUUAUCUAAUUUAAGACCUUGUUCAUACGUGCAGUGGAUUCACAAUCGAGUCUGCAUGGCUGGCGAAGGAGAGAUCGACGGUUUAUGUGCAAAUGGCUGUUUUGGGGAUGCUAGUACAGAACUGGAUUCUAAUUUUCCAAACCAACAGAACAGAGAACAUAUUUAUUAGGAUCAAUGGCCACAGGUCGGUGCCAUAAGAAGUGUAUAAUUUUGUAUAUUAAAAAAAAGAAAAAGAUUGUUUUGAACGAAAAUGGCAGUAUUUAGCAAUACAGUAUAUUGUUCAUGAGAAAACGUUUUGUUGAUGGCAGUAAUUCUGUGAUACAUAUUUUUAACACUGUUAAAUGCUACAAAUUCUUACUAAUGUAUAUUAUAAAGUAAGAGAGCUAACAGAUUUCACGAGGAAACGGAGCGUAAAACAAUUUGGGUUACGUCGCCCUAAAGGUUGUAAAAAUAAAAGGAGAAAGAAAUUUGUUUAACGAUAAUUCAGCGCAAGAUAAGAUAAAUACUAAAGACGAACAUCAUCAUCUACAUCAGCAAUAAACGUAAUAAGUAACCAACUACAACAACUUCAGCUACAACAACAACGACUAUUACUGCUAUUGCUGUUGCUGUUAGUAAUACCACUACUACUUCCACCACCGCUACUACUACAACUACUACUAAUACAUCUAUUAUUACUACUACUACUACUACUACUACUACUACUACUACUACUACUAUAUCUUCUACUGCUGCUACUACUACUACUACUACUACUACUACUACUACUACUACUACUACUACAACAACUACUACAGCAGCAUAACAACAUCUACCCACUAAAACACACUCUAUAUCAGAAUGAAUUCCACGGACUCGCUUGCCAUUCCAAACUACGUGGUUUUCCACGCCCUCAACGGGUCCGGCAUUACGGUGGGCUACCUCGUCUUCAACCUCACCCUCUUCCUCCUGGGCGUGGCAAUCAUCCUGCUCAACGUCGUUGUAGCCGACACCCUCAUCAGACGCCGAUCGCGAUGGCGGGAACCCACGGACACGUUCGUUAUAAGUCUCGCGUUCACGGACGCCGUCACGGGAGUAUCCGUUCUCUACAACGCCGUGUACCACCUCCUUAUCUUCAAGGACGAAACCGAGUGCCUCAUCCGCUACGGCAUCCACCUCUCCAUCCUUCUGUGCAACACCUACCACCUGGCCGCGGUUACCAUGGAGAGGUACGUCCGCAUCACCAGCCCCUUCGUGUACGCCAAGACCUGUCGAAAACACAUCAACAUCCUCGUCUGCUGCGGGAUAUGGGCGCUAUCCUUCCUCCUGGGUCUCCUCCCCGUGAUGGGCGUGGGCAAGGACUUCUCGCUGAACCGCUGCAUCCUCUUCAACGUGAUCAGCACCAGCUAUCUGGGCACGGUGCUGGCGCUGCUGUGGAUGCCGUUCGUCAUCAUGGUGUUCCUGUACUACCACAUCUUCACGAUCGUGCGUCGACACACUAUAGCCAUCGUGAAGAACGACUACACGAGGACUCUGAAAAAACGUCACUCCACCACGGAGAGCAUCCCGCUCAAGUACACGAAGACGGUCUGUCUGGUCACCGGGGUCUAUCUCGUCUGCUGGAUGCCUUCAGGUCUGGUGGUUCUUCUGGCCCUGCUGGGGAAGAUGGACCACAUGACGCUGGGCCAGAGAGGGAUGUUGUUGAUGUACAGCAGCAUCACCAUCUACCUGAACAGCAUCAUCAACCCCGUCAUCUACGCGUUCAGAAUCAGCACCGUGAGGUACCGCUUCAGACAGAUAUUCUGUAAACGAAACGUGACCCACCUACAGACUGAGCGUACGAGGAGUGCGGAACGAUCAAACCACGAUUGCUGAGUGUUGAACGAUUAAACCGCGAGUGUUGAACGAUCAGACCAUGCCACGAGUGAGUGUUGGGCGACCAAACCACGAGUGUUGAGAGUUCAACAAUCAAACCACGAGUGUGGAAGAAUCAAAAUACGAGAGUUGAGUGAUCAAACCACGAGUGUUGAGAGUUCAACAAUCAAACCACGAGUGUUGAACGAUCAAACCACGAGUGUGGAAUGAUCAAACCAUGAGUGUUGAACAAUCAAACCACGAGUGUUGAGUGUUGGACGAUCAUACCACGAGUAUCGAGUGUUGGACGAUCAAAUCACGAGUGCUGAACAAUCAAACCACUAGUGAGUGUUCAGAGAUAAAACCACGAAUGUUGAGUGUUGAACGAUCAAACUACAAGUGUUGAGGUUUCAACUAUUAAGUCACGAGUGCCGAACAAUCAAACCUCGAAUGUUGAACGGUCAAACAACAAGUAUUGAGUUUUCAACAAUUAAAAAUCACGAGUGCUGAGUGUUAAACGAUCAAACCACGAGUGCUGAACAAUCAAACCACGAGUGUUGAGUGUUGAACGGUCAAACUAUAAGUGUUGAGUGUUCAACGAUUAAAUCACGAGUGCUUAACAAUCAAACUACGAGUAAGUGUGCAACAAUCAAAUCACGAGUGUUGAGUGUUAUACGAUCAAACCACGAGUGAAUGUUCAUCGAACAAACCACAAGUGUUGAGUGUUGAACUAUCAAACCAUAAGUAAGUCUUGAACGCUUAAACUACGAAUGAGUGUUGAACAAUCAAAUCACGAGUGAAUGAGUGUUGAACAAUCAAAUCACGAGUGAGUGUUGAACAACAAAACACAAGUGAGUGUUGAACAAUCAAAUCACAAGUGAGUGUUGAACAAUCAAAUCACAAGUGAAUGAGUGUUGAACAAUCAAAUCACGAGUCAGAGUUGAACAAUCAAAUCACGAGUUAGUGUUGAUCUGUUAAACUACGGAUGUCAAAGCAGUGUUUGUGAACAAAGAUAACAGAACAAUGCUGUGAAAAUAUGACAACAAUACGGUGAUCGUGGAAACAGAACAAUGCCAUUUAUAAUUGUUAAGUAAUCAAAACAAAAGUAAUGCUGACUUAAGAACUUGCUUUCAAUUCAGAACGGUGCUAAACUUAUAUUAAGUGUUAAACUGAGAAUACGUGCUGAACUCAGAAAAUGCUCAACUCGGAACAAGUGCUGAAGCGCAAAACUCAAAAUAUGCUCAAAUUACAAUUAGUGUUAAACUCAGCACAUGUUCUAAACUCUUAGUUUGGAACAUGUGCUUAAUUCAGAAAAUGUGCUCAAUAAAGAGUAUUUACUAAAUUAAGAAUAAUUGGUAAGCUGGGAAUGUUUCUUAACCUGGAUCAUGUGUUUAUAGCAGAAACAUGUAACAACUCAUGAAUGGCUACCUAUAGUCCUUCCCACUGGGAAUGUUUUUUUUCGUAUUAUGGAAUUUACUGUAAGUUAUUUAUUUAUUUGCCGAUUGUUGUCUAAAUUGCACACAAACAUAAUAUGUUUUUUGUUUGUU